UAUUGAUGAUGGCUGUGAACCUAUGGAUGUAGAUGAGACAAUACCAAAUGAUGUUACUUUGAACGAUUUCUCUCAAAAUAAUUUAAAUCAAACUUCUGAUAGUAAAGCCCCAACUGUUGAAGAACAAUCAGUUGCUAAUUCUAAUAUUUUGAAUAAAAGUUCAAACAAAUCACGGCGAAAAUCGUCAAUAAGUGUUGCAGACACUCAAAACUUGGAGAAAAAUAACGAUAUCACUCUGAACGAAUUUUCUCAAAAUAAUUUAAAUCACACUUCUCAUGGUGAAACCCCAACUGUUCAAGUACUAUCAGUUGCAAAUUCCCCACAAGUUGAUAUUAGUUUGAAUAAAAGUUUAAACAAUUCACGAAGAAAAUCAUCAAUAAGUGUUGCAGACACUCAAAACUUGGAGAAAACUAAUGAUAUCACUGUAAAUGAAUUGUCUCAAAAUAAUUUAAAUCAAACUUCUGAUACUAAAAACCCAACUGUUCAAGCAUUAUCAGUUGCAAAUUCCCCACAAGUCGAUAAUAGUUUGAAUAAAAGUUCAAACAAAUCACGACGAAAAUCAUCAAUAAGUGUUACAGAAAACUUAGAGAAAACUGAAAAUAAAAGUACUCUGAUACUUUCUCAAAUUAAAGACAUUUCGUCAACUGAACACAACACAUCCAAAUCACCUAAAUCCAAUAGCGAUCAACUUAACAAAUCAGCUUGUCCUGUGAAUGUUGUGAAUGAUAAAGCCAUUGAUAAGAAAAAUGUUUCACAAGACUACUCCACUAGUACUCCCCUGCAACAGAAAAAGUUCCAAAAAUUAGGUAUGCAAAUAAACAGCUCAAUAAUCGACACUUCCAACAUUGAGAGUAAAGACAAAAAAGUACAAAACAAAUCUAAAAAUGAUCUUUCCCAAAUAGCGAAAUCACCAGAAACUACGAGUGAGGAGGAGUCUGAAGAUGAAGUUGAUUCGUCUCGGCCCAGAAACAGUUUCCUAGAUGACGAAGCGGAAGUAGCCAGCGAUGAUUACGAAUCGGGCGACAGUCAAGACGAAGAUGAAAGGCAAUAUGAAGAUGAGAAUGAAUUUAUUGAAAAAGGAGAGACUUUGGAUUCUGACGAUGAAGUAUCUAAUGAUACAGACUACGAAAAAGACUCUUUUGUUGUAAGUUCCGACGAAGAGGAUGAUGACCUAUUGAGUGGCUCUGGAGAUGAUCUAUCUAUGAGUGAUAAUGAACUUACUAUGAGCAAGAAGUCUAAGAAGAAGUAUGAUGAACGUAAAUUGAAGGAACAAAAGAAGGCUUCCCGAGAAAUGUACGAAGCGCGUCAUAAGCUAGAUACUUCUGAUACAGCUCUCAGACGUAAUAAAUCAAAACGUCAGAAGAUCGAAUCUUCAGAGGAGUCUUCUGACGAAGAAAACAUAGUUCCAGUUGUAAAAAGAAAUAAACUUCGCUUAGAUUCUUCUCAAGAAGAGUCAUUCAACAACUCGAAUGCUAAUAACUCUAAAUUAGUAAGGAAGGCGAAACGAAAACGAUUGUCGGAAUCUGUAUGCGAUGAGAAUGCAAACACUGAACAGGAAAUUAGCGUCUCAGGUGAAAAUUUACAAAAACCUGAUCCUCUUUCAGUGCAAGUUAAACUUGAACCCAAAACUCCAAUGAAAGACAUGAACAUUUCAACUGUACAAAUCCAUGAUAAUAUAGAAGAAGUGUGUGUUAACAAUAAUAUGUCAAUCAUAAAAUCCAGUGAUACUGUAGAUCCGUUGCAGGCUACAAUGUUGGAAGAAGAUUCGUCCUCUUUAAGUGAAAGUUCAGAAAUCGUAAACAAUUACGACUCCAUUCUUAAAAAGCUAAAUGAUGAUAAGAAGACAAAAACUUUAAAAUCGCGUGAUAUGUCUCUCAAUCUGGACAAGAAAACUAAACAGAAGAAGCAGCCACUUAUUGAUCAGCUUAAUAUUACGAACACAAAGAAGAAGUCCAAAAAGAAUAAGAAACUUGAAGGAAUAGAUGUAGUAGACUCGGCUGAAAAGGAAGAAAAACAACCUGUGAACGAGUUUGAAGAGUCAUCUUCAUCAGACUGCAUUGACUUGCAGCUAUUGUUCUCUGAAGACAGCUGUGAUAUUGAUGUCAGCCAAAAAUCCCCCAAAAAGAAAGAUUCACCGGACACUGAGGAAGCAGAAGACUACAUACCCCUGAAACGCACUCCAGGAAAAAUGAACAUUUUGACUCAAAAUGAUGAACUUGAAGCCAACGAAAGCCAACUGAAUGAAAGCGUCAAACAUAAUAAGAGCAAAUCUAAAGGUCUUAUUGAAGAGACAGCUGAUACCGUCGUAAAUAACAAUGACAUUCAUAUAAUUAUUGAUACCAAAGGGACUCUUAAAAGUGCUGACAAAUCCAUGAACAACUCACUAUCGCUUAGCAACAAAAAGAAGAACAAGAAAAAUAAUGUAUCAUUUAAAGAUGAUGCCGAAAUUUCCAUGUUCAAUGAAACGGGUAACAAUGAAGAUGAGAUUUUACCCAAUGAAGAAAAACGUAAGAAGAAGAAUAAGAAGUCCAUGGAAACUGCCGUUGAAGACACACCUAUAGUUAACACCAAUACAGAAGAUGAUGAUGCCCCUGAAGAAAUCAUGUAUCAAAGUACAAAAAGCAAGAAGGGUAGGAAGUCUUCAGACACGCAAGUUGGGGAUGAACCAGCUAUGGAUGAAAUCCAAGAACCUGAGCAGUGUAUCAACAUCUCCUUGAAUGUAAACAGUGCGAAGAAAAAGAAGAUGAAAAAAUCAUUGCAAGCUGAGCAAAGUUCAGAUGGUAAUGACACUCCCGUCGUGGAUAAAAAUGUGUCCAUAGGAAGCGCGAAAAAACAAAAACACAAAAGUACAGACCACAGUCUAAUAGCCGUUGAAGCUGAUGGUGGUACUGGUGAAGACAAGAAUGUAUCUAUGGGCAGUGCUAAGAAACAGAAAAAUAAGGCUGCAAACAAUACUCAAAUAGCACUUGAUGAGGCUGAAAAAUCAAUUAACCUUUCAGCAGUGGCUGAUAGUACAAAGAAAAAGAAGAAAAAGCUCUCUAUGACACAUGACGAUGACCAAGUUGAAACAAAACCCACAAACAUUGAAACUCAUAAUAUUUCUAUUGGGAGCACAAAGAAAAAGAAACAAAAAGUUAAACCUGAUGAAUCUGUAUCUGUUGAAGAAACAGGUGUGCAGAAUGUAGAAACGCCCAAAGAGAACUCAAAGAAACGAAAGCGAAAGUCUUCUACUAAUUUAGACACAGACUUAAUUCGUGAUGAAGGUGAACAAGCACAACAAACUUUAAAUGAUUCCAUUUUUAUUGAGAGCCAAAAGAAGAAAAGGAAAAUUUCCCAAAAUGAUGAAAAUACUCAAAGUUCAGACGCAGAGAAAAUUGCUGCUGAAAGUCAAAAGAAGAAAACAAAAUCUCUGGCUUUUAGUGAGGACAGUAAACAAAAUCAAGAUCCCGAACCUAAAAAGAAGAGUAAAAAAAGGAAGGAAAGAGACGAAGAUGAAGGAAAUAACGUAUCUAAGAUAUUCAAAGAAAACUCAUUUGAUAAAGUUCACAUAAGCAGACUGCCUUCAUCUAUUUUGAGCCAGUUGGACGAUAAACCGAAAAAAGCAGUCCUCGAAAUGAAAAAGUCAUCACUUGUAUCAACUACUCCAUUUAUAGUGGAAGACACGAGAAAACGCAGGAGUAAACCUUCCACAUUUUUAGAAGAAAGUGUUUAUCUGAAUGACACUCAUACUGAAAAGAAGCAAAAGGCAAAUAUCAAAAAGCCUAAAGUUCUGCCAUUUAUACCGACAGCUGUAACAUCUGGUAGCGGAUUUACCACAAAUUUCAAAAUCAAUAUAAUACCCACAGAAGUAAAAUUUGUAGCGCAAACAAAGAACGUUUCUAAUUUCAAAACUGACUAUCUGUAUAGCAAAAAGAUUAAGAGAAUGGGUACCUACGAAAGUUACAAAAAACAUAGAAGUACCAAAAUGUCCAAGUUUUGAGUUAAGUAUUUAAUGGUCGUGUUGGUGAUCCGCCUGUUUAUAAUUUCACCGUUAGUCAUUGUAUAACAUUUGUAUAAUUUUAAGGAACAUUAUACAGUUGCAGGCCAAUUGACUACUACUACUACAAGUAUAUUUGAACAAUAACAUUUAUGAAUUAGUAUAGGGAGAUAGUUGGUUGAUUAUGGUUGGUAAGUUGUAUUGGAAACCACAUUAUUUAACUUCAAUGUUGACUGUCAACAAUGACAAUAAAUUAAGGAUUUAUUUUUUGUUCUGCUGUUCAUAUCUACUGCUCUGUACCACAAGUCUGUAAAAGUAGGUUAAAUGUAAAUUUCGUGAUCUAGAUUAAUGCUGUUAUUUCUAUAUUUUCCUUUGAAUGUUUAAUUAUAAUAUUCUCUUUAUUUUAUUAUUACAACAUAGGAUUUUUCCUCAUUUUUACUGUACUACCUAGUUAUUGUUCGAGUUAGGACAUUGUUAUUGUUAUUCAAUUCAAAUUCCCCCGCCAUGGAGCAAUAGUUUCAACUUUCCGGCGCUAGUUGGCGCUACUGUUGAUAAAAAGUGGUAUUGCCCAUGUGCCUUUUGAUAUCGUUUUUAUGUAAUUAAGUUUUGAUUAAUUUAACGUUUUACUCAAUAAAAACCUUACUUGUAUUGAAAUAA